AUGCGCAGAAUAAAGAUCCCUCUCCCUCCUGUUGAUGAAAGGAAGAAAGCCUCUGAAGAUGUGGAUAAAGACAGGCGCUAUGAAACUGAUGCUGCCAUUGUCAGGAUCAUAAAGGGAAGGAGGGUUUUGGGAUAUCAACAACUUGUUUCUGAGUGUGUCCAGAAACUUAGCCUGAUAUUCAAGCCUGAUAUUAAAGAGAUCAAGAAACGUAUCAAGGAUUUAAUAACCAGAGAGUAUUUGGAGAGGGACAAGGAGAAUCCUACCAUGUUUAGGUACUUGGCUUAA